AUGAACAUGUCUGCUUUUCGUCCAGUCGAUUCUUCACUCUAUGAGGUCUGUUCUCAGUUCAUCACAGAAAGAGUUGUGAACAAGACUCCAACACCAAACGCUGAUCGAGAAAAGUGUACACAGUCUCCCAAAUUUGUCAAAGUCAUUUCCUCCAAGCAAAGGAAAAACAAACGGUUUUGGUCCCCAGAAGAAAAAACUUUUGCGAUCAACAAAGCAAAGCAAAUUGGAUUGGCCAGAGCGGCUCGAGUGCUACAGAAUGAAUAUUCGAGUGUAUAUGGCGACUUAUCACCAUCAACUUUACAAUAUUGGUCCCAACGAGAUAGAGAAGGCACCCUCAAAAAUUAA